UGUCAAAACUUUUCAAGGCUUCUGAACACUAUGGGACUUAAUUACCGAGGUCAUCAGUCCCCUAGAACUUAGAACUACUUAAACCUAACAAACCUAAGGACAGCACACACAUCCAUGCCCGAGGGAGAAUUCGAACCUGCAACCGUAGCGGUCGCGCGGUUCCAGACUGUAGCGCCUAGAACCGCCCGGUCACUUCGGCCGGCCAAAACUUUCCAAGGUCGAAAUGCCUUAAACUGGAAGCGAACGGAAACUGGUUGCAUUCCUGAAGCCACAAUUUAUUUCAACCACACUGACGAUGCGGAUAUUAAUUCCGAAGUUACAUGCGGUGGUACGUAUGUAUGUAUAUUUAAAUAACAGUGCAGAUUGCAGUGCAUUUGCAUCGUCAGCAAAUGUCAAGACGGCUGUAACUUCAGAUGAAAAUGUUGUUCACCUCGUUGAUGACAGUGAGAAUGAAGAUGGAGAGAAUGUUUACGUGGAUGCGACAGGGGGACAACACUCCGUCCAGGAUUCUAGUGUGAAACAUGCAGUGUCAGAUUCGUUUUACAAAGUUAAAACAACAGAAAAUGUGUUCGACAAAAAAGACCAGUUUUACAAAAGAAGAUUGGAGUGCCUUGAGAAAGAACAUAAAAUAAAAGUACACUGUAUUCUCGCGGAACAUGAAAUAAAAAUGGUAACACUGAAAUUGGAUAGAGAAAUUAGAGAACUAGAACUAAAAGAAAUGAAAAGAAAAGUCAACCUUUGAGACUGACACUUUGUAAUUUUAUUGAGACUUUUUAAUCUGUUUUUGUAUAAAUACAUUUUAGAUAAA